AUGUCGACCGAAGCCAAGACUCCGGCCAUCCUCGAACAGGCAGCCCAAUCCCGAUGGCAACCGCGCCGGCUCCUCCCGAGCCACCUGCGGGACUGCGGUCCCACCAACUGCAACGGCAGCGAUGACUGUAGCGAGCGUGAUCCGCCUAGUGGGCGUCAUAUACGCCUGCCAUCUGCCACGGACUACCCUGCCACCUGGGCUCUUGCAAAUCACGGCACGGUUCCAGCCGCUACCGUCUACGCCAUGACCAGUGCCUCCAAUGAUGCCCAACUUCCUGGCACAAUGAGUUCCGGCGAUGUCAACGGUGAUGGCGCUAACGACUUCGCCUAUGAGUUCCCUGCUGGCACUUUCAACGUGCACUUCGGAGGCAUCUCUGCAGACUUGGAUCUCGACAGCAUCACCUACGACGGCUCGAAUGGCUUCAGCAUUGUCACUGGCAACAGCGGCAAUAUUUGGGGGACCAUCGCCGGCGACGUCAACCAGGACGGCUUCAACGACGUGUUGUUCUUCCACAAGGCCUCGGCUUCCGUCAAGAUCGUCUUCGGCAAGGCUAGCGGCUGGAGCGCUUCCUACACCGUUGUAAGCAUGACGUGGGAUGGCACGGACGGCCGAGAGUUGACCUACUCAGCCGAUAGCAAGUUCGCAGAUAAUUCCUUCGGAGGUAGCACGCCGCAGAUCCUCAGCGGAUUUGACAUCAACAACGAUGGCAUUGACGACAUCGCCGUCGUUUCGGAAGGCAGCAGCAACAGCGGCCGAGUAAGCAUUUUCUUCGGCAAAAGCACAUGGUCCGCAUCGGUGGACGGCUCCACCGACUUUGAUGGCACCAGUACCGGCUUCUCGUUUAUGGAUGCUACAAAUGCCAGGUUGGGACGUGGCCUGAGUGUGGGAGACAUUAACGGAGAUGGCAUCGACGAUGUCGUGGCCUCCAGCAGAAGUGAUCAACCGUUCAGCAGGACUGGCUGUCUCUAUGUGCUCUAUGGAGGGGGUACUCCAUUGCGGACAUUUAUGCUCAUGUCGAUGAGACCACUGGCUUCCGGCUGUGCGGUGCAGAAUCAAACACCUACAUCGCGGACUACUUCUUGGCCACGACAGACUUCAACGGCGACGGCAUCUCCGACCUGCUCUUUCCAAGCGGGAAUGUACGUUCUCUUCGGCAAGGCAUCCUUCGCCGCGAGCCUGACUCUGCCGUUCGCAAGCCGCGAGGGAGUCUCCCUCACGGGCUUUUCGGGCCAGCCGGCAUUGCUGAAAAUAGCCAACAAGGGCAAGUUCAACAACGACCAGUACGAGGACAUCGCGUUUGGGGACGGCAGCAGCCUGCACGUCGUGUUCGGCAGUGCCAGUCCGGGUGACACCAUUGACGUCACGGCGCUGAGCGGCAGCGACGGCUUCAAGGUAACAGACAGUGGCGGCGGCAGCUUCAUUUUGCCCUUCUACAGCCCGAUCGACAUGACCGGAGACGGAUCGACGGAUGUCGCGCUGUUCAUCUCAACCUUGUUGAUGCCGUCCUUCGACACAAAGAAUUCUCCGUAUGCCAUUGUGGGCAACGGACCUGCAGGAGGCUCCAGCAACAAUGCCGCCACGUCAACAACCUCCAGCAGCCUCUCCACUUCAGCAACCAUAAUCAGCUCGACAGAGACAUCAUCUUCCACAUUUACACGAACAUCAAGCAGCUCCUCCACCUCAGGCAGCAUGACGUUCUCUUCCACAUCUUUACCUGCGACCUCGUCCUCUUCUACGUUGACACGGACAUCAAGCAGCUCCUCCACCUCAAGGAGUAUGACGUUUUCUAUCACAUCCGUAUCAGUGACCUCUUCUACAUUGACACGGACGUCAUGCAGCUCCUCCAUCCACCUCAAGCACAACGAACUUCUCUUCCACAUCGUUAUCAGUGACUUCUUCUACAUUGACACGGACGUCCAGCAGCUCCUCCACCUCAAGGAGCCCGACCUCAGAAACCACGACAUCCUAUCUCUGCAACGGCAGCCGAUGGCAACAGUAGUUUCCAGACAGGCGAUGAAGCAACAACCACCGCCGAAGUCGCAUCAGGGGAGCGACGGACUGACCUCUUGGAGGAGGAACAGAUGGGUCGGAUGGGUGAUCUUCUUCUGGGUCGUGUUGGCAGGGCUGAUCAUAAUUGGGGUGGUGGUGGCGGCAAGACUUGAACAAUGUAGACGCCCGACGGGUGAUGGAGGUGAACACGCGCAGCUCUAA